CUAAUCAAGUGAAGCUCCAGCACAAGCUCAUUCUCUGUGCAGAUCGAGAGGUUGGAGAAUCUGUGCCUCCUCCACACCUUCAGUAAGAAACCGCGGGGGUCAGGCGCUCUCCGAAGCGACGCGGACAGCUGAAUGUUAAUUGCGGACUUUUAUUCUCGGCCACUGGACUAAUUGAACACUGAAACGCGGGCGCAAAAUAUCUUAACAUCGCGACUGGAGACGUACAUGAAUAAUAAAACAACCCACUGCGCGAUGGAGGGCUGAGGGCAAGUUGGAUCUGGACUUGUUCCGUGCGUCUUUUUUGCGCGGUGGUCUCUUCCGUGCCAAGAAAGCCUUUUGAGAAGUCCAGGCGUCCGGUUUGUGCUGCAAAACUGGGUGGUUUUGUUUGAUCCACAAAGCACAGAUAACUUGGCCAAGUGGAGCUACAAAGACUCCUGCGCUGCGUAAUUUGGAUAAAAGGAAGGAAACAAAAUGCUGGCCAGGAUCAUUUUUGUUUGCUCCUUCUUUGCUGCUGCUAGUUUUGGAGAUACUGAGCCUAAGGCAUUGUACGGUGGAGCUUGCAAAUCUUUGUGCACCUGUGAAGAGAAAGAUGGACACUUGUACAUGAACUGUGAAGACAGAAACAUAAGCAAAAUCUCAGACAUGAAGGUACCAUCAGAUAUGCCUUUGCAUUUAAACCUGUAUAAAAAUGACUUAGUGGAGUUACUUGCAGAGGAUAUGGAUGCUUUCAAGAACGCCAUCACCUUACAUCUUGGUGCAAAUAGCAUACAGGAGCUUGAACCUGGCGUGUUCAGUGCACUGGGAUCCCUAAGAAAGCUGCACAUAAACAGCAAUUUCCUGGUCAUGCUGAAGGAGGACACAUUUCACGGCUUGGUAAAUUUGGAAUACCUUCAGGCUGACACAAACUUCAUCCGGGUCGUGGAGCCUGGGGCCUUCAGCAAGCUUGUCCGUCUUAAAGUUCUGAUCCUCAAUGACAACUCCAUCGAGUUCCUUCCAAGCAACAUUUUCCGCUUUGUGCCUCUGACACAUUUGGAUUUGCGUGGGAACAAGCUGCAGACACUGCCGUACGUGGGUUUCCUGGAGCAUAUUGGUCGUAUCAUGGAGCUCCUGUUGGAGGACAACGACUGGAUGUGCAAUUGUGAAAUCUUGCAUUUGAAGGUCUGGAUCGAGAACAUGCGGGCGCAGUCGUCUAUCGGCGAGGUGGUUUGCAACAGGCCUGAGGAUCUUAGAGGCAUUUCUUUGGCCAGGGUCAAAAGGGAUUUACUUUGCCCCUCCCAUGCCGACAUCAAUCUCGAAGAGCCAUCAAAGUCUUUAGACAUGGUUGUCACCCCAUCCACCAAGGUUGCUCAGAUACCGAAUGUCAACGAUGGCACAAAAGUACCCACACCUGCAAACGGCCUAGGGACAUUUUGCGUGCCAAUGUGCUCUUGUCCUCCCCAAAGCAUGGGUUUCUUAAUGCACUGUGAGGACCGAGGCAUUCAAAGGAUAUCUGAUAUAGGCAUUCUUGAACAAAGCCCAACCAAGCUGUUUUUGACAGGAAAUAUGAUACAGCGACUUUUCAAGUACGACUUUGUGACGUACGACAGUCUGGAACUGCUCAAUUUGGCAAACAACCAAAUAGACUACAUUGACAAUGAAACCUUUCUGAGUUUGAGCAAUUUGAAAAAGCUGUACCUGAAUGGAAACAGGAUAGAGAAAAUCUCAUCAACAAUGUUUCUUGGCCUUCACAAUUUGGAAUACUUGUACUUGGAGCAUAAUGUCAUCAAAGACAUUGAGGCCGGAUCAUUCAACCCUUUGACAAAUCUAAAGCUCCUGUUCCUAAACAACAAUCUACUCAACACUCUCCCUGCGCAGAUAUUUCGUAAUGUGCCCUUGGUGAGAUUGAACCUAAGGAAAAAUGUCUUUAUGCACUUACCGGUGAGUAAUGUGUUGGAACAGCUCAAUUAUUUGGAGCAAAUUUAUCUUGAGGACAAUCCUUGGGACUGCACUUGUGAUUUGGUCAGCCUCAAACAGUGGGUGGAAAAGCUAAGCAAGGACACCGUGAUGGGUACCAUCUUAUGCCACACUCCUCAAAAACUGUCUACUGCUGAGGUUAGAAACCUGAAGCAUGAUGUUCUCUGUCCUGGCUUGGUCACCUAUAAGUCCUUACCUGGAGACACCAAGGAUGCUAUUGUAGCCACGCCUGCGCCAGGGGUCAGCACCAGCGGCUUCUUCCGGUCUCUGACAGAAGCAGUGCCACUAUCGGUGCUCAUCCUCUGCCUUCUCAUCCUGUUUCUGACCUUCGUUUUCUGCGCUGCAGGGAUCAUUGUGUUUGUGCUACACCGUCGGCGGAGACAGGCCAAGAAGAAACAAGCCGAGGAGCAACCUCGCGAGAGCAGUCCCAUCCACCUGCACUACAGCAUGUACGGCCAGAAGACCACCCACCACGUAACUGAAAGGCAAGGACCCGGCAUGUAUGACGAACCUUCCCGUAGCCCCAUUGUUCAGGUCUGCAGAAACCCUAGUUACUGCUCUCAGCACAAACAAUAUGAGUUGGACGAGUAUGACAGUGAGAAACCUAAGCAUUUCUGCCAUAGCAUCCUCGACAAGGAGAGCGACUCCCUCCUUACGGGACCCAACGUGAAGUUCAGGGCCGUCACCGACUACCCUGCUGAGUUUGUGAGUUUAGGAGAUGCCAGCUCCUUGUACAAGAACAUCUUAGAAAGGGAACGGGAGCUCCAACAACUCAGCCUCAGCGAAUAUCUCAGGAAAAACAUAUCACAGUUACAACCAGCGGUGGACAUGCAAGUCCCCAACCACCACAAGGAGCUUAAACUAAUGGAGACUCUUGUUUAUACAAGGCCACGGAAGGUCAUGGUGGAACAGACUAAAAACGAGUACUUUGAACUCAAAGCCAACUUACAUGCAGAACCAGACUAUUUAGAAGUCUUAGAGCACCAAACGACUUUCAACUGAGAUAAGUACACUGUAUACUUUGAUUUGACAAAUGAUACUCCAAGUGCCUUGACAGUUCAUUCUGAGUUCUGAUUUAGCUCGAGAGAUAUAAUAAAACAACGUCAGAGUAGAGGCAAUUCUCACGAUACGAUCAUUUGAUGUGGACACAAUGUCUAAUUUCAUGUGGACCUUUGACGUUAGCAUUGCAGAUGAUGGAUUAUGCAUUCUAACAAAAUUCCAGCCACACUGAAAGAGCCACAAACAGUUGUCUUUGGACAAGAUUGGCUUUGAUACCAGAACAUUUGUUGUGCAUUGAGGUUAAUGCAUUCUCUUUAUGUUUGGUAGGGAAGACUAGCAUAGAGUAACUUCACCUUUCUAUCUGUAUCUCUUAUUAUGUACGUGACAGAUCUUCAAUCACUGUUUAUCUGUAGCAAUGGAAGAAAUUGUGUUAUUUUCUGUCAUACAGAACAUUUAUGGUUAGUUAAAUGAUUCCCUGAUUUGCUAAGUUUUGAAUUAAACAUUCCCAACACAGUUUUUGUUCAUUAAAUAUUAAAUAAUGGUUGUAUGUGGAUUGCAAGAUGUCUGAAAAU